AAUUCAAAUGCGCAGGUGAGCUGAACGUUGAAUUCUCGUCGUCUGUUGUCGGUCGUCGUAUACAUAUCGUGUCUCGUCGUAUUCAUCGUAUUGUCAUUGUCUGUCUUUGUCGUGUCUGCGCAGAACAGUUAACAACAGCAACAGCAACACAAAAAGCAACAGCCGCGACGAGACGACACUUAUCGCAUUAAAAAAUCGGACAAUAACAAAAAAACAAAAAUAAAACAAAACCAAAAACCCCCGCGCAGCUGUUGACGGCCAACGCACGAGAUACGAAUACGUGUGUCGAAAUUACCAACAGCAAUAAAUAAGAUAAACAUUUAUACAUAUAUGAAUGUAUAUAACUACAUACAUACAUACUUAAAUUAAAAUUAAACUAAUACAAAAGCUGGCAAUUAGCGUUAAAUUCGGAGUGGAAACGUUGGCAUUGAAACACACUCAUUUUGUAAGACACUUGUAAGAAAUGCAACACAAUCACAGCUUUGCAUAGAGAAUCCAAACAAAAGAGAGGCAGCAGUGAUUGAGAGACAAGAGCGGGAGAGAGAGAGAGAGAGGAAUAGUGAUAAGCCUUAUCGGAGGUUUUUAACGCCUUUUACAUUCGGUAAAAUGGCCGACGAAGAUCUCAGUCCGUUGCCGUUUCGCAGAGAGCGCAACUUGAGCAACCGGAACUUUAACAAGCGCAACUCGCGACGUCGCAGCGGACACUUAUCGGAGUCGGAGCGUCACAGUAGUGCCGUGGAUGCGGAGAACGCCGGACGACGCGACAGUAACGUGAGCAGCAGUUCCAGUUCCUUUCAGCUCUCCUACUCGGUCAAUUCGGAUACGGAGAGUGCGUUCAAUCGACGCUCCAUACUCAAAAUGCGAGCAGCCAGCGAUGAGCAGGCUGAGCAAUCACCACAGCCAAUUACACCCACCACACCUACGCCGGAUCCGGCCUUGUUGGAUGUGCGCCAAAAGGUGCAACGCUUUGAAACACUGAAAACAAGCAUCAAUUAUAUGCGACAGGAGCGACUUAGCCUCAAGUUGCUCGAGAAUCGUCGACAUCCCAGCUUCUCUCAAUAUAAAGAAAAUGCACAAAUUAGAACUCCACCCACGCCACGUCGCAUUGCCUUGCCAGGUUUGAGCUCUGGCACCAAUUCCAUUUCCAGUACACACAUCAGCAUUGAUGAGGUGCGUUCCGAGGAUGAGGUCGAUCAGAUAUCUGACUUCGAGACGGAUCCCCAAGCACCAGUCGACUACGUGCUCAGCGAGAGCAGUUCCGCCGUGCUAGCCAGCUGCACAGAUCCCGAGGAACACAAAUCCCAGGUGGUGCAGCGUUCCAUAAGUGCGGAUCAAACGGAACUAUCUCUGCGCAAUGACAAGGAUUUCCCAAGAAACUAUCGUUCUACGCCGAGAAGGAAGACUGAAAUCAUUGGCACCACAAACCAUCAACUGGUUGACAAAUUUCAUUCACUCUAUCAGCCACAAGAGGAAGAGGAUGAAAUUGAAAUUGAACUGCGGGAUAAAAGCGACAAGUGUGUGCAUCCCAUACUCGAGGAACUCAUCCACACCGAGGAGGCCUAUGUGAAGAAUCUCUUUACUGGUAUUGACAACUAUGGCAAUAUAUUUCAACGCAAAGAUUUGCCACUGGGAUUGCGGGGCAAGAAGUACGAUCUUUUUGGAAAUAUUGAGCAAAUCGCUGAAUUUCAUCGCGAUGAGUUUUUGCCCAUGUUACAUCGCAAUCGUCGCGAUCUGAAGCGUCUGUUUGAUGAGUUCCUAGUGUUUUUGGAUCAAAACUGCUUUUAUGGCUAUGUGAUCUUCACCAUGAACAAACAAAAAUCUUUAAAGCUGUGCGAUCUCUACAAGAAUUACUUUACAAGCAUACGUCUGGAGCGUGAUGAUAAGCUGGGCAUCAACAGCUUCCUGGUGCAGCCCAUACAGCGCAUGGCGCGUUAUCCCCUGCUUCUAACCCAGUUCAUCAAUACCUUCUUCAAGAAUCGUGACAUUGUGAUGAAGCCACUUAUUGAAUCCUGCUGUCGGUUGGAGAAACGUCUGCGCACUUUAUUGACCACAACAAAUGAAUCGGAGAUCAUCAACGAUAUUGUGGACUGCAAUGAAUUCAAUGUGUACUAUCAGGGAAAGUUUCGUAAGGUCAGCGAAUUUCAGGUGAUGGACCACAAGCUGAAGCGCAACUAUCGUGCCAAAGUGUUUAUCUUUGACAAGUGCAUUAUUUAUACGGAGAUUAAGGGCAAACACUUGGUCUUCCAUGGCCGCUAUCCAUGUGAGCAUGUUGGCAUCUCGGCUCGAACAAAAUCCUUCACGCUGUACUAUGAACGUCGCAAGCAGCAGGAGUGUGAAUUUUCCGCUGAUGCUGCACAGAUUCAGCUAUGGUUGGAUCUAAUACGUGACAUGAUAAACAACUUUGCCAACGAGGAACGUCAGAAAUUACAAGAACUCUAUUCGCGGGAAAAUGAUCAUUUGCAUCGCAAGGCGCCGAGUUUCUCGCUGUAUCGUGACUCGAAUCGUUUCAGUUCGGAUAGUGGCAUUGGCAAUAUUUGGAUAAUGCCCAAACCUGAUGAGGAAACGACCAGCAAUCGAACCACUUGGUAUGCGGCCACGUAGAUCUCCAAGAUGUUACCCUGGAAGAUCUUCCAAAUGGACUUGCAAACAGACAAACUAAGCCAAUGUUGAUUCGUCCAUCUUAAGAUCAGUCAUCAGACCUGAACCUGAAAAGCCUGUGCAAUAAGCCAACUAGAUUUAAUGUUUAAUAUUGUUACAAGAAAAAAAAAUUGUUUGCCGUUGGCAUAAUUUUAAAGUGUACUAAAUAUGUUUUAGACUAAAUUUAAAUGAAUGAAUGAAAUUAGUUUAAGUCUAUGCUAAAUCACCAAAUAUUGUCAAAUAAGUUAAUUUUAAUAUUUAAAUAUAAUUUCAUGUAUUUCUGUUGUCACAAG